CCCCGCUCCUCCCGGCCGAAGGCACCGUGGAGCUCCGGCGGCGCCGUCCCCCGACCGUCCGGCCAGCGGGGAAAUAUGGGAUGUAUAAAAUCAAAAAGGAAAGACAAUCUGAAUGACGAUGGGAUAGAUUUGAAGAGCCAACCAGUACGUAAUACUGACCGAACUAUUUAUGUGAGAGAUCCAACGUCCAAUAAACAGCAAAGGCCAGUUCUCUGUUCAGACUCGCACCUUCUCCCAGGACAGAGGUUCCAAAGCAAAGAUCCAGAGGAACAAGGGGUCAUUGUAGUAGCCUUGUAUCCCUACGAUGGCAUUCACCAAGAUGACUUAUCUUUCAAGAAAGGAGAAAAAUUGAAAGUCCUAGAGGAGCAUGGAGAAUGGUGGAAGGCUAAAUCUCUCUCAACAAAAAGAGAAGGCUUCAUUCCAAGCAAUUACGUAGCUAAAGUAAAUACCUUGGAAACCGAAGAGUGGUUCUUCAAGGAUAUAACCAGGAAAGAUGCAGAGAGACAGCUUCUAGCUCCAGGAAACAGUGCUGGAGCAUUUCUUAUCAGAGAAAGUGAAACACAAAAAGGCAGUUUCUCUCUCUCCAUCAGAGAUUUUGACCCCCAGCAAGGUGAUGUUAUUAAGCACUACAAAAUUAGAAGUCUGGACAAUGGUGGCUAUUAUAUCUCUCCAAGAAUUACUUUCACCUGUAUCAGCGACAUGAUCAAACAUUACCAGAAGCAGUCAGAUGGCUUAUGCCGGCGGCUCGAAAAAGUGUGCAUCAGUCCCAAACCACAAAAACCGUGGGAUAAAGAUGCCUGGGAGAUUGCCCGUGAAUCCAUUAAGCUAGUGAAGAAGCUUGGAGCUGGACAGUUUGGAGAAGUCUGGAUGGGUUACUACAACAAUACUACAAAAGUGGCCGUGAAAACCCUGAAGCCCGGCACCAUGUCUGUUCAGGCUUUUCUGGAGGAAGCCAACCUCAUGAAGACCCUUCAGCACGACAAGUUAGUCCGGCUGUACGCUGUGGUGACCAAAGAAGAGCCCAUUUACAUCAUCACAGAAUACAUGGCAAAAGGCAGCCUGUUGGAUUUUCUCAAGAGUGACGAAGGUGGCAAGGUUCUUCUGCCAAAGCUAAUCGACUUCUCUGCCCAGAUCGCGGAGGGAAUGGCGUAUAUCGAAAGGAAGAACUACAUUCACCGGGACCUGAGGGCGGCUAACGUUUUGGUGUCGGAGGCAUUGAAGUGCAAAAUAGCAGAUUUUGGCCUCGCUCGAAUCAUCGAGGAUAAUGAAUACACGGCAAGAGAAGGUGCAAAGUUCCCCAUUAAGUGGACGGCCCCAGAGGCGAUCAACUUUGGAUCCUUCACCAUCAAGUCGGAUGUCUGGUCCUUUGGAAUUCUCCUGUAUGAGAUCGUAACCUACGGGAAAAUCCCCUACCCAGGGAGGACCAAUGCUGACGUGAUGACAGCUCUGCAGCAGGGCUACAGGAUGCCACGCAUGGAGAACUGUCCAGAUGAGCUCUAUGACAUCAUGAAAAUGUGCUGGAAGGAGAAAGCCGAAGAGAGGCCAACAUUUGAUUAUUUACAGAGCGUGCUGGACGACUUCUACACGGCAACAGAAGGGCAGUAUCAACAACAGCCUUAGAACCAAGACUCUUUUGUCCCCUCCCCCUUGGCACAGACAGACAUUGCAAAAAAAAACAAUGAAAAAGAAAAAAUUCCUGGUCAGAAUAGUUACUUGGCUGGGAGUCAAAAGCUGGAUCCUGAAAGUAAGUUCAGGAAGACUAUCCUCUCCACGGCAAGGCUGCCAUGGCUAUCUGCUCAUACACUGUGGAGGAGGAUAGGGUAGCUGAAGGCUAAAACUGCUCUUUGUGGUACCCUAUCGACACUUAUCUGCCUGCGAGCCCCGAAUAUCCCAAAUGACACAAAGACCGGACCGGACCGCGCGAACAAGCGCAAACUCCCACCCACCAUGGGGAUGAAUGAAAGAGUCUUUGGGGCUAGGGAGCCGGAAGACCCACUUUUUGCAUUUCUCUAGCCCCUUUGUCUCACUGGGCGAGGUGUUCUUUUGCAAUCUGUUGCUGUUAAAUACCGUUCUAACACAGGGAGAGUAUGCCUUCGGAGAACGCGACUCAUCAUCUUUCUUUUAUCCCCUGCGGAGGGUCCAUUCAACGGCUGUUAAAUCCCGAAACUUGUCAUGGCCAAACCUCCAGGUAAACAGCAAAACCAUGGUAUCAAAAAAGCCAGCAUUAUCCUUUUACAGGUGACAGGUGCAUGGAAGGGAUGAAAAAGUCAUUUCAAACCACUUUUCCCGUGAUUGAAAUGCGCACGGUCAGACUGUGGCCUUAGAGCGGUAAGAUUCUGAUCCCUCCAAAAUUGUCUUUAUAAACUGGACUGUGCAGGGAGACGAUCAAAAUAGUAAAAUGGCAAGAGUGCUUGAUGAAAUGCUUCAAAAUCUCUGUGAUUGCAACAGUGGACGUGCAGUGAUGAUGCAGCUUCGGAACAAGAAGGAUGAAGUUGCAACUCCAAGAUUUGCAUUCCAAGACGUCUCUUAAGUGUGAAACAUGUAGAUGGUUAUUUAUAAUUGUAUGAGAGGCAAAGGCAGCAACCAAGGCUCUCUGUGCUACAAGCUUUCUUCUAUUGCUGUUUGAAUAUGCUCCGAAGAAGCGGGCUUUAUUUACUAAACUGUAAUGAAUUAUCUGUGAAUGAAAGAAUGGCAUUCCCUAAAUCUGUAAAUAUCUAACGUUUCUACCACUUGAUUAUUUUUUAUUUUAAUAAAUAUACUUUUGGAAUA